GCUGACGUGGCACGGGACACGUUAACGUGCAGUACGUCCGCCCAGCAGCUGUGUGUUGUCUUCUGUCCUCGGUGUUUUCAGCAGGUUCUGCUCCUUCUAUGUCCGUUAGUUCGGCUGAAGAUGCGCUGAACGGAAGGUUUUCAGGAAGACGACUAAACACCGAUGCAGGAGGUGGAGCUGGGUCCUCAGCAGGAUGAAUAUCGGCUCCAAAAAUAAGAAGCGGGUGGUGCUGCCCAGCCGUCCCGACCCCCCCACCGUGGACCAGAUCCUGGAGGACAUCAACAGAGCCGCCCCCAAUGACCCGGUCUUCAGCAUCCUGGAACAGACUGGACAAGACUCGUCCCGGGCCUCAGACUUGGAUGUGGAGCUGAAGUUCCAGCAGUGUUGUCGGUUCCUGGAGCUGAACGAGCAGCUGCAGGAGGCUCGAGGUCGGCUGCUGCGACAGAGGGAGGAGCUGAAGGCGGCGGGGGAACAGCUGGAUAGAGACGUGGCAGAGGUCAAAGGUCAACCACUCUGACUCUACACCACCGGCUGUCCCAGACUCUUCUCUGUCCAGGAGACGGCCUCGGUGCAGAGCGCCUGGUUCCUCAGCUGAAUCAGGACAAACCAGCUCUCCGGGUGUCGGGGACCUCACCUGUGUGUGUGCGUGCGUGCGUGUGUGUGUGUUUGUGUGUGUGUGUGUGUGUGUGUGUGUGUGAGGGUGGCUGCUGAUGAGGACACACAUUUCCAAUCAUGUUAAAGUGACUGACAGGCUCUGAUGCUGCGUUCAGGUACAAAGUAAAGUGAAAAUCUCACCUUUGUCUGUUUGUGGUUUUGCUCAUUUGCAGCCGAUCGAGAGCUCAGCGCACUGCAUGAUGGGAAAACACUGACAAAUAUAACAAAUUCACAAAUUCAACAACACGUGUGGCGUUCAGACAAAAUGCUCCAAAGUGAGAAAACAGAAGCUGCAGGUCACUGUUUGCUGCAGUGUGUUGAGCUCUCAGGGCCACCGUACCAAAGAGCCGAUUUACAGACUGCAGCGUAAAACAGGUACUUUCUGUAAAACAUUUUCAACGUGCAUGGAUGGAGUUUUGCUUCAGCUGCAUCAUGUCUUAGCUCUGACUCUACAAGCUGUCAGUGGACAAAUAAAAACACCAUGUUGAAGAUG